AUGGAAUCCAGGAGUGCACUGGCGGGAAAGCUUCAAGCUGCAUUAUCGUCUAGAGACGAGAGAUGGAUCCGUCGACGACUUCCAGAUCCAAACACAUCAUCCUCGAAUUCGCCGUUGAUCGACUUUAACUCAAAUGAUUAUCUAUCUCUCUCAGCCUCAUCAAAGUUGCGUUCCCACUUUCUCAACAAGCUCGCAGAGUCCCCUGACGUGCUAGGAUCUGGGGGAUCGAGGCUGCUUGUUAAUGGACGCGCUCACGCAGCGUUGGAAGCUCGUCUGGCCGAAUUUUUUCGCUCAGAGACCGCCCUCUUGUUCAACUCCGGGUUCGACGCCAACGUCGGAUUCUUCUCGUGUAUUCCUCAAGCGGGGGAUGUGGUGGUCUACGAUGAGUACAUACACGCAUCUGUCCACGACGGCGUUCGAUCUUCGCGUGCCAGGGAUGCCCAGUACUCGUUCAACCAUAACUCGAUGACCGACCUCCGGCAAGUUUUGUACCGUUUGAGGGAGGAAAAGGCCGCUUUGCGUACUGCAAAAAGCAGUCUGUUUCUCGCGGUGGAAAGCUUGUACAGCAUGGAUGGAACGUUUGCGCCAUUGAAGGAGAUUGCGGACAUAUUGGACGAGGUUUUCCCUCUCAAAAAUGGAUAUCUGGUGGUGGAUGAGGCUCACUGUACCGGGAUAUAUGGACCACAAGGCAGGGGACGCGUUGCUAUGCUCGGAUUGGAGGGCAGAGUACUGGCGAGGUUGCAUACAUUCGGAAAAGCACUGGCUGCGACAGGAGCGGUGGUAAUCACAAAUACCCUUAUUAGAGAUUAUCUAUUAAAUUACGCGCGAUCGCUUAUUUAUACUACAUCUCUCAGCUAUGCGAACAUAGUAGCUGCAGACUGUUCCUUUGAUAUGUUAAUUGACGGCACUGCUCAGCACUUGUCCAACCAUCUGUUCGAACUAUCCACGUACUUUACCGAUACUCUCCGUCCCCUCCUCAUAUCCAAAAAUAUCCCGGCAGCGCUUGUCUCCUUGCCAUCCCACCUUCAUCUCCCGCCCGCAUCCUCCCCACAACCCCCUUCCCCGAUCAUACCCGUUCUAACUCCCCAUCCACGCCCACUCUCCGCGUAUCUCCUCGCCCUGGGCAUGAAUGCACGACCUAUCACCUGGCCGACGGUGCCCAAGGGAAAAGACCGCGUGAGGGUGUGUUUGCACGCAGGAAACACCAAACAGGAUGUGGAUGCCUUAAUUAAGGGGAUCGUGGCGUGGGCACUGGAGACUAUGAAAGGGGACUCGUCUGACAAGGCUAUUCUAUCGACUAGAAAGGUUGCGCUCCAUGGACUAUUAGAGAGCAAAUUGUGA